AUGUCCACCAUAGGCGCCCUCUACCAGCAAUCCAUGCUGAAACACCCCUACGGCUAUGCAUUAUACGAGCCCGAGUCGACCAAGACGCUCAAGCCCGGAUCCUGCGGCUAUCUGACCGAGCUAGGCCAAUUGACGCCCCUGAUCGGAGAGGACCAAGCGCUCAUCAACCUGGGCGACGCGUCGUCCCUCAGCCGAAACGGACUCACACCAUUUGAGCAAUUCUACCGCGGACCAACAGACAAGCGAGCAUGGGGCCCAAAGAUCUGCGGACAGGUCAAGCAGCGCAAGGUCGAGCUCGACAUCGGCGCGGGACUCAUCCCAGCUGGAAUCCCGGCCGACGUGGGCGCGCUAUACCGGUACAGCAAUGAGGGCGGGUUCGGGGCGAUCCUGAUGACGCAGAGCCCGGUGACGAAGGAGUUCGUAUACGGUGCGACGGCGUUCCGCGUGUGGUGCAAGGAGAACUCGCGGACGAUUUUGCGGCGGUGGCCGGAUGUAAGGGAGCGAGGGCUGGUGAUUGUUACGUCGACGUACGCGACAGAUUUUGCGAUGUUGAAUGCGUGGACGGACACAGCGAAGGAGUUUUCUGUUGGGUUUCGUGCGGGCGUGGUGGGAAUUGGUGAACUGGGACCGUCGUGUACUUGGUAUACGGCGAAGGGGGAGAGCGGCUGGGUGUCUGUUGCGGCGGGGGAGGUGGACGAGAAGAAGGUUGUUUUCUUCGGGGGGUUGUGUUUUAGGUAUAGGAGAAUGGGGGCAAUUCUGCCUUCGUCGCAUGCGUUUAGUGCGUUUCCUGUCGAGAAGGCGAAGUUUCGGGCUGGUGAUCCUUAUGCAAAGGAGUUCCAGACUGUUGAUGAGGGGGAGGAUGGGUUAUAUGAGGUGAUGGUGACUGCAGAGGAGCAUGGCGAGAUGAUUGAUUUACCUGGGAAUGAAGAGGGGAAUGAUGAGUAUGAUGACUUUUGA